GAGUGUUUGGAUGCGUGCAGGAGAGAUGGGCUAGGACAAUACGUAGCUGACUGGCUCCAAUGUUAUCCAUUCAUCAAUGUAGUGUGUGUGUGUAUGUGUGAGAGAGAGUAGUGGGGGGGGGGUGUUUGUGUGUCAGACGGUAUUCCUGCUCGUCUCGCUCCAGUUAAGUUAAAUCAGAGGCAGCCACUGGCACACUGCAGUGGUCUCUCGAUCUCUCUGUCUGUUCUGCUCCGAAAGCAUCAACAACCUCCUGAUUCCGCACCACAGGCACAUCCCCUGGCAUCUGAGCAUCUCCCUCAUGGAAAAAUACUGGUGGUUAAAAUGCCAGCCUUUUCAAUAAUGGACUCGCUGAGGCCCUCGCCCAAGGCCUGUAUCAGUCACCACAGACACACCCUGCCGACAGGGCCCCUGUUUAAAGGUCCCCAGGAUCUGGCACUUAAAGAAGGAAAAUGCAGAAUAUAACGGCAGGAGCGACAGAAGGGAUAGCUCUGACAUGCGGCAUGUCUGGAAGCCAUGAAUUCAUCUUCACCCUGGUACCCGUCGUCUAUGGCUGUAUCUUUGUUGUAGGCAUUGUCGGAAACAGUAUGGUAGUGGCUGUCAUCUACUGCUACUUGAAGCUCAAGACGGUGGCCAACAUAUUUGUGCUCAACCUUGCUGUUUCUGACCUCACCUUCCUCAUCACUCUGCCCAUGUGGGCCACCUUCACCGCCACAGGCUACCAAUGGCCCUUUGGAGGAUUCCUGUGCAAGGCCAGUGCAGGGCUGGUGAUUUUUAACCUCUACACCAGCAUCUUCUUCCUCACAGCACUCAGCAUUGACCGCUAUCUUGCUAUCGUCCACCCAAUGCGAUCACGCAGGUUACGCACUGUGCUGUAUGCCCGUAUCUCAUGUGUAGUGGUCUGGCUUUUUGCCUUUGUGCUUAGUGUGCCCACAGCACUGACCAGGAACGUCCUUAACAUCACAAACUACACUACAGUGUGUGCCACUCUGCACGCGGCCACUGAAAAUGAUGUGAGGGUGAAAGAGCUCCUGCUGGCCAUCAGCCUGCUGAAAAGCCUGCUGGGCUUCCUGGUGCCGUUUGUGAUCAUCAUCACAUGCUACUGCCUCAUCGGACGGGCGCUGGUGGGGGCGAGGCACAUCCAGAAAAGUUCCCGUUCACGUGAUGACGAGGUACUGCGCAUGCUUGCAGCAGCUGUCCUAGCCUUCUUCCUGUGCUGGGUGCCCCAUCAGGUGUUCCACUUAAUGCAAGUGCUCACCCAGCUGACACCGGGGGAGAACUGUGCCAUCCUGGAAAUCAUAGACACAGCCAUGCCCUUCACUAUCUGCAUUGCCUACUUCAACAGCUGCGUUAACCCUAUUGUGUAUGGAUUUGUUGGGCAUAACUUUCGCAAGAACUUACUGCGUCUGUUGCGCUGCUUGCCAAGUGAAACUAGAGGGCCUCAACCAAGCAUUAGCUCCAAGAUGAGCGCCCUCUCUUUUCGUGCCUCUGAGGCAUUGAGCCUCACAGUCAAAAGCAAGGCUUCCUCUGACAACAAGUGAAGAAGAAAAAAGAGAGACGAUACGUUCACUCUUCCUGCUCUUUUGGUCUGUAGUUAAGGGGCCAGGGAUGGAGAAAUUCCAUGCUUUUAAAACCCCAACUGUAUUACCAAGCACUGAACCAUGCAGAACAGUUAACAUGUUGUAUUCAUGUCCCUCUGUGAGUCCAAGAGACAGUCAUUACAUUGUACAGUGGUUAUCUGAAGAAUGAUUAUUCAUAAACCAUCACAGGUCACACAGCACUCAUGCUUGUCACAUUUAUGCAGGCAUUCUCUCGAAGCAUGUGAAAUGAAUCUUACUGGCAUCAGUGAAGUAAAGAAAAGUAAAGAAAUAAAAUCCAGGAAUUAACUACUGUAUAUCAAAGCUAAAAAAGACUAUACAUAAUUACAGAUCGCUUAUGCCAUUAUUUAUAUAAGAUAUGCAUGUACUGCAGGAUUUUGUCAUUGUUGUGCCUUAAGGAUACAGUGCAGUGAUAUAUUGUCCAGUGAUAACCAUUCUGUGUGCUCAGUAGGUCUUUCACCAGUUGGAACAGUGAUCAAGUGCUCAGCAAGGAUGCCAAAGCUAAAAAAGAAAAGAAAAUCAUUAGCACCUGUGCAUGCUCUGCCAGCAGCUGUCUGCAGUACAUACAACAUUGGAAAAGUGUAGCAACAAAUGUGAUUCAAGUUUAUAUCAGUUUAUAACAUACAGUAUGUGACUAUGAUAACUAGUUCCUGUAUGCUAUAUGUGGUUAAGUGUUUGCAUAAUGAGUUUGAAAUGCUGUAAUGUUGCCUAGUCUGGGAGUUACAUGCUACUACACAAACACUCCAGGCAGGGGGAUCAUUGUCAAUAUACAGUAUCUGGUGGUCGUCUGUGUGGUAUUUAAACAUGUUGAGAUAUUUUUUUUCCUGCUCUGUAAAUGUACAGUUUGUGAAUAUAUGAAAUUAUAAAUAAAAUUAAAAUUCCAUAGAACUAAGUUGACUUUGUAUUACCUUAUAAUAAAAAGAUACAAAUGAUCUGGAUUGAAAAUGGGUCAUUAGUUACCAAAACAUUCAGAAUGAAAUAGUUGAUCUGAGAUUAAGUAUUAAGGAUUA